AUGCACUCCUUCAUGCGGCAUCAACGUCGACGGUACACAAUCUAUGUGAUUGAACAGGUAGGUUGAAAUGAUCGGAAUUUCCUCCAUGCAACGCCUUCAUAGUUCGGACAUCGCGAACAGCAAUGUCCGUCAUGUGUUACCCAUGACGCUAUUCGUGGAGGACGGUGACUUGUGCAUGAGUUAGCUUGUAGUGAGGUAAACGUUAGCAGCAUUUGCCGCACUCACCCCUUCCUCAACUAGAGUGUGUGUACUAAUCAUGAAUUGCCAACCGAAAUUCUAAAAUAUGUUUUGCUUUUGAGUGGGGCACUCAAGUAGCACUGUAAAAUUAAUCAUCCUGCAGCAGAAUUCUAAAAACGGUUCAUUUACGUCGGGAUGCCGGCUUUUGAACGAACUUCUUUCCGGCUGCAUGCAAAAACCACACUGUAAAGAACAAUUACUAAUGUAGCAUGAUUUUUUGCACUGAUUUUCGAUGCCCUUAAGAAUUAAAUUAUAGUUUGUGGAAACCAUCCACAAAAUAUUCACUGUUUUGCUCAUUCUUUAGAAGAUUACGUCUUCUUCCAAUUAAUACUCGAAGAAAGUGUAUAAUUUGGUUUUAAAAAAGUUUCUAAUUAUGCGAUUUUUAAUACCGUGAAGUGUCCCUUCAUAAAACACCGUGUUUCGACAUUUAGUAAUGUCCUUAUAGUGUUUGCAUUGCGGCUCAAAUCCACUGCUCAAUUUUAUGAACUACCUCAUAAUACCAUUGAGAAAUGUGCGAAUUUCCGUGCAUGGAAAGUAUACAACUUGUAGCAAAAGGUCGUCAGGACGCCUAGACUCUGGCUUGCGCACAAAAGCAUAGAUAAAACUUAGCAGCUUAUCUAGACGUGAAGCGCGCCAUCUCGUACUCAGCCACUGCACUUAGGUUUCGCGAAGUGGGCAUUUCGAAUUUCACAAGUGUGAAAGGGCUAUAAAUUGGCAUUAAAGUAUCCCUUAUGACUGAUCCUGAGUCAUGAGAUAGAACGAGUUAGCCCGUCAGUUGUCAUACUUCCAGAUCAUGAAAAUUUGCGCUUCGCAGCAGUUUCUGGACUGUCAGAUGUACCAAUAAUGGGGUGAUGUAAGGAUUUGUCGUGGAGACUGAUUUCCCGGCCAGAGCCGCACUUUCUCCCCCCUUUUAAAUGUACCAGUCCACUUUUAGACCGGCCAGUCAUCUGACGCUCAGAUUGGCUGUCGUGGUUGGCGCGACGUGAGGCCUAUGCCCAUCCCUGCGACUAUAUGCCCGAGUAGUUUUAGGUUCGCAAAGAAUCUGCGCAGACUGAUAAACGCGUUCCGUGGAGGAAUCGGGAUUCGUGAAAUGGGGCAUUUCUAAUUUCACGAGUAUAAACCCCAACGGCUUGUCAAUGCGCGCAAAUCACACUCGCAGUACAAUCCGACAAAUUUACGCUUACCACAGCAUAAUCCAGAAGAGGUUUUAGUACAUUAAUUAAUGCAUAAAAGGUCUAAAAACAUUUUCUUAGAUAUCCACAGGUGUCAGUAUCAAUGUCAAGGGAGAACUUUACGGCCAUUCCAAUCAGCUUGGCUAUUGUCAGCCAGCCAUCUCCCAACUCUCUGGUAGGAAGCACCUAAUAGUUAAAUACGGGUCAUUCCAGCAAUUGGCACUAAACCUGACAAAGUAACCAUUUCAAUCAUAAGACAGUAUUAAAGCCGGUUGACAUCGUUUCACCUAUCCAUGCGGCACGCACUGUGGUUUUGAAGUGAUCUAGAAAAGUAGCCUGUUUGUCUAUAUGUUUAAAAUGCCUGCAUGUUACAAAAUGCGGAGUUACAAUAGGUCACUUCAUGGACCUCGCAUAUCAGACUGUUUGUACAUACGCCAAGGCCACCUUCUGCACACCCCUCAGAAGUCUCCCCGUCUACUGUGCACAGCCCUUCCUUCCCCCCUUCAUUGAAACAGCUCUGAUUGGCCUCUGUUACCCCUACAGGUUACACCCCAGACAUUCAAUCGGGCUGCACUCCUUAAUAUCGGGUACAGGGAGGCAGUGAAAGCGGCCGAUUAUUCUUGCUUCAUUUUCCACGAUGUUGACCUCCUACCCGAGGAUGACAGAAUGCAAUACGCGUGCGAGGAUCAACCCCUCCACAUGUCUGCUAAUAUCGACAAAUUUAAUUACUCGUAAGUCCUUCUUCAUAGUCGGAGGUCGCUGAAUGGUGGUACUCGACAUUUGUUUUCCUGAGUCAUGCCUAUUCAGAUGUUGGUUGUUGCUGAGCUAGGUCUCCAGUGAGAAGUUCCCCAAGUCACAAGUAAAUGAGACAGCUGUGGGUAGCACAGUUGUAGGUGUGGCUGAGAGAGUGCAGAGGCGACAUCGAAGGUCCCACGGAGUCCACAGCCAUCUGUUGUUUUUUCGUCUGAUAGGACGAAACGUGAGCGUGCGCGUGAACGGUGUCUGGUUGAGACCAACCAGUGGCGAGCAGUAUAUCAAUCGGCGACACGGUGACACCAGACCGAGUGGCCCAGUCAGACGCAACAGACGGGUCCGGGGUGUUUCGGUCACUGUCGCCGAUGGGCCGAGUAGAUGGCAGAAAAUAUACGUUAUAUCACGUCCUAGUGUUCAUUUGAUGGUUGUCCAGGGGCGGUUUUACUAUCGAUUCAGGUAACAAGAAUGCUUCCUGCCGUGGCAGCGGGCCAUUCAGCUUCUUGACUUGGUGCCUGAUGGUUGUUAUCGAUUCGGGCAAUGAGAAUGUCCUUUUUUCAGAAGAAAAAAAGAAGACUAUACUGAAGAAGAAGAAGAAGAGCAUGAUCAUUAGGAUAGUGUGGAUGCGACUGCUGGAACAGGAAGUCUAUUGGCCUGACGUUUUGGAUACUCAUUCGAAACCAUCAUCGGAGACAGUCGCACAUACAGGUAUUGGCGGCACAAAGACUGCAGUAUUUAUAGUUCGUAGUUGCCACGGAGCCACAUGCGUAUUAUACUUAACAGUUCUCACGAUCACCACCCUGGCUAUAUGUCCUGAAACCGGCGAACCAAUUGGUUUAUCCUUCAUCUGCUCGUAAGUGGUUCCGUCGAAAGUAAAGUACGUCUUGAGACAGACCUGUAGGAGUUGGAGGAUUUGGGCGUAUCCGAGGUGAUUCUCCGUUUCAUCGUACUUGUUUCGUAAGAGUAGUCCGAUUGUCUCGACUGCCAGUUCCGUCGGGAUAGAAGUAAAAAGGGACGUGACAUCAAAAUAUACCAUGACGUCUUUUAUUUUUUUCAAGAAUUGUGUUGACGAGCUGACUGUGGUGUUCGAAUCGGGGGUCAGAAAUUUAAGAAAUACAAAUAGCCACUUUGUCCGUCUGUAGGUUCGAGUGCCUUUUAGUGAUACGAUUGGCUGGAGAGGAGCGCACUCUCUGUGCAUGUUUGGCAGAAUCGGAUCAGGGUCGUUUCUUGCACCCCCGCCACUCAUCGGUCGAUCUGUGAUAAUGCACGUGAGUUUUCCAUUGCCAACAGCGUCGCGUUGAUCUCGCAUGUCAGCGACUUUAUGGGGUUGUUUUCGAACGGAACAUAGGACUGACGAUCCUCUAACAAGCGUUUGUCUUCCGGAAUUUAGUCUGUCCAGUCCAAUACGACCGUGGAGAACCCCUUGUCCACAGGCACGACAACGAGGUCAUUGUCGGCCAUUUGUUAAUUUAGUGCCCCACGUUCGACCUUGGAUGACAUCUGGCAAUAUGUGGCAAUUCAUCGUCCAGUCCAAUUUCAUUACUUAAACGUCCCUCAGAGGCCUACGCAAUUUCGGGUCGUGUUGGGUUCGGUAAAAUUAAGAAAUCAUGCCUCUGCACCCAUUAGAUACACAAUCGUACAAUUAAACUACGAAAUAUGAUAGAACUUUUCUUCGGUAGAGGAUUUAUUCCGAGUACCAGUCAAUGAAUUCCAACAAAUGUCAGUAGUUCAGAACUCGGCUCCCUUUACCUUGGAACUACUACAUACAAAAGUGAAAAGUGGUUGUCAUUCUGCCAAAACUACUCCAAAGUGCGCCUGAAAUGUUUCGUCAGGAACCAAUGCAUAGCUAAGAAGUCAAGGAAUGUGUUUCAGACCAGUCUGAAUAUUUGCAAGACGAUCAUGAUUAGAGGAAGAUUUGGGGUUACAGUAAAAUCGUCACUAAGGUUGGAGUUGCCUACUGCGUACCGCCUUACCCAGUAACCUUGAGUUAACUGUUCUCCAUCCAUUUUCAAGCCUUUAAUUGGUAUUUUUUAAAUUGCGUUGUCUGUUCGUCCACUCGUAGGAGUAAUAAAGCAAAGGCUACAGGAAAUUGAGUUUUCUCGACGGCCUCCGCGAAUUCUGUUUAUUUAGGUGACCGUCUGCCCUACUGAUAUAACUAAUCGUAACAUCCUUCCCGUAUUACAGGAGGUCCUGUAUCCCAUUUUAUCAGUCACCUUGUAUAUUCAAUCCUUGUGUCAUAUAGUCUCUUGUGUCAGUUUUCAAUUGAUUAUUUGAUAUAAUAUUUCGAAAGUGCAACUCUUUUUAAAUCAAUCUAAUUUACGUCCAUUAUUUUAUGGUAAAAUUGAGGAUUUUGAUUUCCUAACCCAGUCUGCCCUACAAAGCCAUCUUUGGUGGGGCAGUGGCGAUGACAAGAAGGCAUUUCGAAAGUACGCUGGGAUAUGCAAACACUUACUUUGGAUGGGGCUGCGAAGAUGACGACAUGUACAGGCGUCUUACAUUCUCCAACCUAACUUUGACGCGACGCAACUUCACAAUUGCUCGUUAUAAGAUGAUGAAGCAUGUGAGAGAUGCUGGGAAUGCCGCAAACCCCAAAAGGUAUUGAAAGAGUUAUUUUAAAUGCUUUACAGAACUUAUUCUCUUAAUCUGCUGACGAUAUGACUAAGUUUAACACAUCAAAUCCCUGUUCUCUUUAUUAGGAAGCAGAGACUCAAAAGAGCUCGAGAACUGUGGCACACUGAUACCUAUCUGCAUGUCCAGUAUGCAGUUCGACAGCGAACAUUGAAAUACGAUGGCCUUUUCGUUCACAUCAAAGUCGAUGUUUUGUACCCAACCGUGGAGGAUUCGAGACAAUUGGCGUAACCAUCGGCAGAGAGCAAAAUACUUACGCGAAAAAAAGAUAUUUUGGAAGCAGAUACGCAGAGUCUAGCUCACAGACUAUGUUUUCUUGUCCGCUGUACGGCAUUAUUUUGUAUCAGUAACAUCCACCGAGUGAUGUCGAGUUGAUUGCAUUUGUUUUUACUCUAGCCGAAGAGCAAUUAACAGCCGACUGUUAGGAAUAUAUCACAUCAUUUCAUUCAUAAGAGGUGCUUUUCUAUUUCCUAUCAUGGCUUUAAAAUGACCAGAGCAAAGAGGAGUCUGUAAUGAUGGGGAUGAUGAGAAUGAGGGUCGGUUUGGUGUCUAACAGUGCAUUGGGGAAACUGCUAUCCGCCAUAUUCAGUGGCAUACGCCAGUGCCUUUUGACAAAAACAUAAUUGGGCUAGGCUUGUGAAAAGGAGUUUGGCGACAAGCAUGAAUGCACUCCCUGAUCUGACGCAAGUCCUUUGUCGGCGCUUGUCAUGCUCGUACUGGUAAUUUGAUUCACAUGAGUCGUUUUCCCACUGAGGUUAAAGCAAGGGUGUGAUACAAGUUAAGUCAGCAGAUGAAAGGAUUAUCAACGAAGGCAUUUUGACUGGCUUAGCUGAUGGUGACAUUUGUUUAAUACCUUUUAGUGUAGCGUGCUUUUGGCUUUGUCAGAAGCUCCUGAAUUCGACCGACUUCGAAGACUGUUGCCUCAGAUUUUCAGGUAUGCCGAUCCUAUGCAAAUUUCUCUUUGAUCUCUUGACUGAGCUGGGGUUUUAGGGGGUAACUUUGUUUACCCUGCUUAUGUGCGACCGAGGGACGUUCUAAAACGAGUCAGUUCGGUAGGCGUGUCAGUUACCUUUAGAAUGUGGCCGAUCCAUCGCAUCUGGAUCUGUUUCAAUAGAGCUCAUAAGUUUAGGAAACCGGCUGACCAAGUACCUGGCUGUCCGCAAUACGCGGGCACAUACCCGCUUUGUCAGAUUUAGGUGAAAAUAUUUCGAUUUUGUCUAUUGCACACCUAGUCGACGAGCAUCACGGACUUUUACGCCAAACAAGCUUUUGGGGUUACCUAUCGGACAACAGCAAAGUAGUGUAACUAUUAAUGCCAAUGGGUGUUAAAAAGAGCCGAGACAAUGGCCAUUUCUAUGAUGAAACACUGCUUCGUCUUCAGAAGACGUUUGUGCAAGCGCCCAAUCUUCCGAAGCCAACGACGACCCAAAGUGGUGAUCACCUGGCCCACACGUAAAGGGCCAUGAUUUCACAUAAAGCAGGCAAGAUGGUAUGCGCUCGGCUGUCUGCGUCGGCCUUGAAGUUGAUUCGCAGAUUUAAAAGCUGCCAUUUGUUGGAAACCAUCCCAUGUUUAAGUAUUGGACAGACAGGAAUUCUUUUUCAUAACAGAUGCCGAAACUGGAUUUAAUACACGUUAAUAAGCCGCUCUAACUAAGUGAUACUGCUAGUAAGGGCUAGAAUUGCACAAGACUCAAAAUGCUGACUGAAAGGCAGUUAAAUAUAGGUGGCAAACGAAGAUCGGAAGUGAGAUGGAUAUAAACAACUGAGCUACAUACUAACUACAUCGGUUACUAAAAAAGGUAAACCUCAGCGUCUCUAAUAUUCCGGGAAAUUUCUAAAGGUGGCAACGAAGUACAACAUUCAAUGGCCAAAUUCCGAUGAUUGCUCAGAAUCAUAUGUGUAUCCAGUGGUUUUCUAAUAAAGCCAAAUUUUCACCUGCACCAAACCUGCUGGUGUCGCGGUAUUUACAGACAUAUCGCGUUCAUCAUCUCCCGAAGAAGACGAAGAAGAAGAGAGGGCGAAUUCAUGGACCAUAUUGUAUUCGAACUGACGUUUCGGGAACUUCCUCGUGUCCAUCAUCAGAGUAGCGUAAUUGUUGCACUUGCCGGUCUUGAGUUGUUCAGUCUUGCCACUUGCCGCUUGCCUCGUAUUAUAGCCGUGCGCGACGCAUGAACUUUGACCUGUCUUUUUACCGCUGACUGAAUUAGACCUACAACGGACUGACCGCUGACAGGCCUGCGUGACCUUUGUUCCCUUUGGGGUCGGCGUAAUUGUAGUCAAAUCAACGUACCGUUUGGCCUCUCCCACGUCAGCCGGUGGACAGAUCGGCCGUCGCUGUUCAUGUGAGCAGCAUUCAGCUUCGCGGGCGCAUCGGUGAGACAGUGUUCGGCUCUUGUCCGAAUUCACAAGUACCGCCAGAUGAUUGAACAUCAUUCGUCAACUUGCCAGUCGAUCUUUACGGCACACGAGCGGGGGAUCCUCAAAGCGGCAAUUCUCGACAGCGUAUGGAGUCACCGCAAGUUGCGUGAUAACCAGUUCUCUGGGAAAUUUGAGAAAAUAAGUCCGACAUUGACCCAUCCUCAGCACUGACAAGGCAAUAUCGAUUUUUCGGGCAUGUUUGAAUUUUAACUGUUUUUUCACACUUGCUACACGUUUGACGACGAACCGGGGAACCAGACUCGAAAAUUUACGAAAUAAACUUUGUUUAAUUUCCCAGGGAAAUAUAUAUAUAUAAUAUAUAUAUAUAUAUAUAUAUAUACCGAUAGGUCUAGUAUCACUUUGUCCCAAACGAAGUUGUUGCUAACUUCAUUAAAUGACGCUCUUUCCAAUUCCUUGAGGUGUGCAUAUGCAGACGUCCGAUGUUUUUUCCCACACUGUGGGCUAAAUUGAGCGCAUGUUUUCUGCCAGAGGAGUAAACUUUUGCAGAAGUUGAACGGUAAUUUAUGGGGAGCUCAUUUGUGGCGCAGGGCCAUCUGUCAGCAUGAUGCGGCCAGGAGGUGGAGAUGUCUGAGAGACGUAUUCGGUGUCUGAAUGUCCAAAUGCACUAUCAGUAGCUGAGAUACAGGUGACAGGCGAGUGUUGGAUCUUCGCCGAUAUAAGUUUAAUAGAGUUACUAAGGAUUGACAAGGCUGAUGCACAAAACGCUGGAGCGACGGCAGUGGAGAGAGUUUGAGAUUGAACUUGUAGCAGUAGUGGCUAACAUCGUAUCAGGAAUGUCCCUUAUUGUCUUGUUUACUUUCCGAGGAAAUUAAUGCACAAGCUUGGAGUUAAUUCUUUGAAAUAGACCUUAUCAGGCACAGUUCAAAAGUUGAUAUGAAUAACUAAACAGAAAUCCAUAGGCUACUGCGGAAUAACCGCUUAAUAUUUACAAACCGCUCACAGGCCGCCAGCAAUAUACAAUUACGCGGUUAAUUACCAUACUGACUGCACACAUACUGGCUAAAAACCCAGACACACGUCUUUCCCCGAUCUUAUGUCACUGCCUGACACAGCUGCGAGGGGUUCGGCCAAUCUGUGGGUCCCCCAGCCCUCCCCAUACGAGUAUUGCGUGGUUAUUCCACAGUAACUGAUGGAUCUCAGCUCAAAUAUUCCACCAACUUUGGGUAGUGUCUGAAAAGGUCUAUUCCGAAUAAUUUACUCCACGUUCUCGAAUCAGUUUCCUCGGAAAUUAACCAAGGCAUAAUGAAAUUGUACUUUAUGUACGAGAAAACACGUGGGAGAGGCUGGGCGACCAACUGGUAAGCCGAACCCCUCGCAGCUGCGUCAGACAGCGGCAUAUGAUCGGAGAGACACGUGUGUUUGGACUUUUAGCUAGUACCUGUGUUGUCGGUGUAAUAAAUAAUUACGCAAUUGUACCCAUUAAUGACGUUGCCAAUGGCGACAUUUUCUGAGGGGGUGAGUUGCUGUUUUGACGUUACAUUGUGUUCGAAGAUGUUUAAUGGGACUAAUCUGUUCGUUAAAAGUCUGUCGAUAACUUGGACACGGUCAAAGUGACUUUGUGCUUGAGUUGCUAGUUCGACACAUGAGACUUAUAAGUCGUUCUUCUUGCCCUGGCAGUGGCGUCUAAGAUGAUCGCUCCAGUCUUCGCGACGUUCCUCACUCUAGACUUAUAUUUUAGACCUUCAGGCAGGGAACACACCUGGCGCCCUUAUUGUACGGUCUUUACACUUACUUCACUGUCCUUGAAGUUAAUAGGGAAACAAGGUAGAGUAGUGCCUUUCAGACACGCCAGGAUGUUGGCUUUUGAAUGCACUUCUUUUCGGCUGCCUUUAGAAUCCACACUUGAUAAAAAAGGACUGUUUAAAUAAUGCUCAUUUUCUCCGUCAAUUUAUGAUACCUCCUUAAAUCCAGCUAUAUUUUAUAGAAAACCUCCAUAAGGGUCCUAUUUCUUGUACUUAUUUGGCACUAGAUCAUAUCUACUUUAAACCGGGAGCUUUAAACCUGCCAUACACACGAGAAGCGACUGGCCAAUAAGCCCAAAAUUAUUGGUACCUGCUGUAAACGCAGACGGCCAUGGCAGCUAGAUGCGGUGAAUACAAUAAACGGCGACACUUACCGUCCGAAGCCCUGCGUCUCCAGUGAACGAGUGACUUUACUUGUCCAUAACGUGGGACAUACAUACAAUUUCAUGCUAGCAUGUAAAACGACGGAGAGAGCUCGCUGGACGGGGAUUUAUUCCUUCGUUCUGACAUUUCGAACAGAGAUCUCGUCCGCUUAUCUUCAGAGGCUGGAUAAUUGUGCGCACAACUUCCACUGCAUGUACAUUUUUCUCCAUGUAACGCAAACGACGGGCGGAAGGAAAUUUUACUGCAUCAGCCCUCAAACAGAAUGCGAUUAAACGCCGAUGAGGGCUAUUCAGACAAAAACGCACAUAUAUGAGCAUUAAUUGGGAGGAGUCAAAUGCGCCCAAGGAAGCGAAAUUAACAGCUAACUUGACCAAGAUCAUGUUGGAGCGUCCCACGCGUGCAGGGCGUCUUUAGGACAUCGGAUAGAGCUCUCGCACAAAUCCGAGAGGAAGUCAAUCACAGGCUAGUCGGUCUCCUAUUAGUUACCGGCAGGGUAUCUGGAAAACAUCCUUUGUUCUUCCUUAGUGACUUCAAGCUGUAGACCUUGAGCCCUUCGCCGACAACGACGGGAAAAGCAUAGGUUGGCCUUGAGGAACCUUUUUGUCCACUGCGUUAGCUUUGUAUCCCAGAUUCUCUUCUUGUCCAGUGAAUGCUACCUAGGUCGCCGUUGUGAGCGUAGGCGUUUCUAAAUUCUUGUUGCGCACCCGCUACGCAUGACUUCCCCAUAAUCAAUCUGUUUUUUGAUGAGAGACCACGAAGUCGGACGAUGAGUACCCGUCAGCUUCCCAGUCCCUCGUUGGUUUUCUGCCAGUCACCCACCCAACAGAUCACGGACCCAUGAAAAUGUGCUAAAAAAAUAAUGACCUGCGCAGGUCUAGCCGCCCUCCAUCAGACUGCUUCCCCUCCUCCAGUGGACCAGCUGUUUUAUCUUUAACAAAGCUUCAUGUGUGCAGACGAAAAUUGUGCGGGCUAUUUAAACCCCUGUAGAUUUUCUUAGAAAUAGAAGGGAGGUGGAUGGCAUAAGAAUACUUAACCAUUUUGCUCCCAAGCUAUGGGAUGAUGAAAGAAUAUCAGGAAGUAAAGAACAAGGACCUUUGACUUCAAAAGAGAGGCCUAUCAGUGGUCGGAUAGACACAGCAGUAAGGCCAAUUAGACGCGUUUGCAAACCAACUUAGCAUCCCAACGACAGAGUUGACAUCUAAAUACCUUCGGGUCACUGGAGGGGAGUUAAGGUUCCAAGCAUGAAAACUGAAAUGAAGUUACACAUCCAUUGCAAAAACUGUAUUUAGAACAGAGUUUCAAGGGGGUGCUGAUGUCCCCGUUAAUGCACUUGAUGGGAAGACUUUUGAGUACGUUAGCCACCUUCUGGAGUCGUCUGGAUGAUUUCUGACCGAGAGGAAAGGCAAAGGCUGUCAGAGUAGAGAAAACGUUCCGGAUUGGAUGACAUGAAAUGCCUGGAGGAUUACUCCGGACGCGAAUUGCCUAAUACGCAGUGACAGUGAGGUGGGGAGACAUUAGUUCUCGGGUGGCGGCUCAGUCGAUGGCACCCGGCCAUAUUUUCAAAUUUAAAGGCGCCAAAAUCCUCGCAAGGAUGACAACCGCGUGAGCUGCGAGGUGCUCGAGUCAUUGUUCUUAGGCCCGCAAUCCGUCAAUAAGCGCAAUGACCUCCGGUACCAUAUUCUGUGCUGAGCAUUUCCCUUGGCCGGGGAAUCGAUCACGAGGGGCGGGCGCGGGCUAGCAAUUAUUCCAGUGACAGUGAACCAAUUUACCGGGUAAGCGUCAGACCAGCGUCCAAAACGAAUGACGAAAUCGCGGUCAUAAACGACUCGGACGUGGAGUGACAAGCCAUCAUCGCGUCAAUUACGACCCCAGCAGUGAUUACGAGAACUGUGAAUUACAGUGCAUAUGCGGUCCUGCGGCAGCCACGUGUUAUAAAUGCUGUGCUCCUUGUGCCACCAUUACCCUUGUUUGCGACUGUCUUUGAUGAUGGGUUCGAGUAAAAUCCGAAACGCCAGGCCGAUAAAUUUCCUGUUCCCAUGAUCGCAUCUUCGACUUCUGAGCUGUCCCUUCCCUACCUGGCUUGCGGACGCUAACUGGGACAGAGCGAAAGGCAUACAUACGCGCCGGGGGCUAAUAACCUCAACGGCGGACAAGCGCUGAUUAACUUGUGUGGAGAGACCGCUCGCGGCGACUGCUUGCAGAGCCUAGCGUUCGCAACUCAACGGCAGUAAAGGUUGUCCAUACCAAACCGCCUUCCCGACCUCCGAUUUGGCGACAUGUCGUUGUCUACCAUUACACCACUUCGACAAAUGGUGACCCCGAUGUUAUACGAACACGCAAGCCUCUGAUCUGGAGAUGGAGAUUAUGAAUCUUGCCAAUAUCUAGUUUAUCUUCGAGGAUAGACCGCCUCCUCGUCAUCCCGGAGCCCUCUGAGGUCAUCUUCCCGGUGUGUCCAGUCUAUACCUUCAUCUCGUCCCAACACAGCAAUUAACUGCUGGUAUUACACCACUGUCAGUGCUAAAGCCCGUCGCUGCAUCCUUCCCUGCUCCUUCGUCUCCAAAGAGAGCAAACGGGUAGAAGGGUCGACCCGAUGGUCAGUGCGACAAAUCUUCCUGGCAGCUCUGACCCUAGUCGCCCACUUUACAUCCGCAACACCCCGAGUGCAGGUGCUUCUUGGCCAACACUGGUGUGCAGCUGAGUGUCAUUCCUUCGACGGCAGCUGAUCGUCGGUGCCCUUAUCCCGGUCUCUUCUUUCAGGCAGCCAACACCACGCCAAUCGCCAAGUUUUGAACCUUUCUCUCUCUCUCCCUCCCUCUGGACGCCGGCCUCAGGCGUCUUCUCCCACUGGCGUUUCGUCGUGGCUGACAUCCACUGUGCCAUUCUCGGUGCAGAUUUCCUCGCCGCUUUCGAUCUUCUGGUCGACCGUCGUCGGUCCAGCCUACGCGACAUGUCUUCUAACCUCUUCUUCAGGGGUAUCUUUUCUUCCGACGCUUCCCGUCAGAUCGCUGUCCUGGACCCUGAACUCGAUCAUCCAUAUCGGCAGCUCCUUGCCGAAUACCCUUGUCUCACCCAUCCAAACCUCAGCGUUUCUAUUCUACCACACGACUCUGUUAAUCACAUUCGGACUGUCGAAAGGUGAAUGUGGUCGACAAGACUAAGAUUCCCAAAAGAGAAGGCGGAUUUGGUUUGGACAACCUUUACUGCUAGAAAUGAGUACAUAAAGCUAAGCAAGCAGUCGCAGCGAGUUUGUCCUCCAAGCAAGUUGUGUUGUCCCUGUCCGCCUCCGAGGUGCUGAAACCUAGCGCGUGUGUACUCCUUUCGUUGUCUCGGCAUCCGCCAGCCAAUCAGAUUUGCCGCGAGCACUUGCGAAGCUAAUGACAAGCCUCGGGCGUCCCAGCAGCGUAUAGACAAAGAGUGUGAGGCGGACAUGAAAGCAGCGUGACGAAGGCGGGGCAAGGAGACGCGAACUGCCACAGGACCACCGGCCCUCCCGGGUUUUAUCGGUUCUGCCGUCUCGCUCCUGCACGUCUUGUAGUCGCCAAGGCCGAGUUAGAGCACAUGCUUCAGAUGGGCAUCAUCCCAAGCCCAUGGGCCUCAUCCCUCCACAUGGUUCCAAAGGCCACCACUGCUGACUGGCGUCCCUUUGACGACUACGGGGCUCUGAACAAAGUUGUCGUCCUGGACGGCUACCCUGUCCCGCAUCUUCAAGAUCUCCCCGGUGCCCUAUUAGGCAAAUCUGUGUUAUCGAAGAUCCACGUGGUCCGUGCCUUCCACCAGACUCCAAUCACUCUUAAGGACGUUUCUAAGACUGCCUUUACCACUCUCUUUAGCUUCUUUGAGUUCCUGUGCAUGCAUUUUGGACCCCGAGAUGCCUGUCAGGACAUCCAUAGGUUCAUGUACAGGGUGCCACCUGGCCUGCCGUUUGCCUACGCCUAUAUCGACGACCUUCUACUAGCUAACUUCACCACCGAAGAACACAUGGAGCAUCUUGCAACGAUGUUUGACCGACUUCAACUAUUUGGCGUUGUUCUUGACCCCUCCAAGUGAGUCCUUGGUGUUCCAACCCUAGAAUUUCUCAGUCAUCUGGUUGACGUCAAUGACAUCCAUCCUCUGCUCUCGAAGGUUACGGCCAUCCGUGAUUUCCCACCUCCCUCGUCGAAAUGUCAGCUGCAGCGAUUCCUGGGUGUGGUGAAUUUUUACCGCCGGUUCCUCCCACACUGUGCCGACACCAUCCUGCCGCUCAUGAGCCUCCUCUCUGGUCCCAAACGUUCGUUCGAGCUGUUUGCAAACACCCUCGCUGCUUUUCACAAGGUGAAGGCUGCCCUGGCCGACGCCAUAUUCCUGACCCAUUUUUCUCCCGAUGCUUCUAUCUCCCUCAUGGUUAGCGCCUCAAAUGUUGCAUUCGGCGCGGAUCUCCAACAAUACGCCUGUCGUCGGUGACUGGAACGGGCUUCCCGAGGACGUAAUAAUGGCGGAUACCACGGAGACGUUCAAGCGAAGACUAUUUGCUUGGACAAUACCGCUUGUCUGGACAGAACACUUUUCUGGUGCCAAACCAACGCCUUGCAUACACCUACCGCUAAUGCGGAUGACUGUCAUUUCAUUUUACCGAUAUCAGUUACGACAGAAUGUUCUUGAGUUACGGUCCUGCAUUUCAAUGAAAAAUAUUCCGUUAUGUGCAUACAUUGCUGACAACAUUUUAGUACCGUGUUCGUUUAAAACUAGAUAUUGCAUGUACAGUUUACAAUAGGGUUUUCAAUGGCACUGCCUAUUGCUCUUAAGAUAUACUGACCUAUACUGACCUAGGUCACACUCAACCCUUAGCUUUCUUCUCCAGGACGUCAUCACCUCUCCAGACACGCUAUAGCACAUUUGGACAGGAGCUUCUUGCUGUCUUCCUCGCCGUGAUAUACUUCCGACACUUCCUUGAUGGCAGGGACUUCACUGUGUUCAUGGAUCACAAGACUUCUCAUUCGCACUCAAUCCCCCGGGAAAUUCGCCAACUGGACUACAUCUCACAGUUUACCUCAGGCUUCCACCACAUCAACGGGUCAAGCAGUGAGAUGGCUGACGCACUGUCCAGGCCCUCCAUCGCCCAUCUCCAACUUUCACCCAGGAUCGGCUUAGCUGAGAUGGUUGCCGAGCAACGCUGUGUUGGUUUUUUCUGUGACGAGGAAGUUUCCGGACUCCAACUCCAGGACCUACCACUGACUACUGGUAACCGCAACAUUCCGUGCGGCGUCUUUAUCACCUUCCACCGCCCUUUUGUGCCGCCAUUCUCCCGCCGCAAAGUUUUCUCCUCCCUGCACAACCUAUCGUACCCCGUGAGUCGAGCUAUCGACAAACUGAUUUCCGAGUGCUUCGUCUGGUCUGGGAUGCACAUGGACCUGAAAUCGUGGACAAGAGUGUUUCUCAGCUGUCAGCGGAGUAUGGUCCGACCGCACAACAAAGAGCCUUCCCCCAAUCCUAAUGCACUGUUCAGUCACGUACACCUGGACAUCGCAGGCCCAGCCUCUGUCUAA